GCCGCACAUCAAGUAUACUCACAUACCAUUAUACGAUAAAGAAUUCUUUCUUUUUUUUAUUUCUCUUUCACACUUAGAUAUUCCUUUUUUUGGCUCUCCAACUUAUAUAUAAUAAAGUCUUCUUCUAAGUAUAUAUAAUACAAGUUAACCAUGUCAAUAAGCUGGGACACCGUAACAUCGGCCAUAGUCACACUUGUAGGUAGAGUGUCUGUUGGUUUUUUCAUCACCCAAAUCGCACACGUCUAUUUAUGGGACGGCAAGAACGAGAAUGGUACAUCCAAAUCACCAUGGGCACCGAGCCCUUCCAAUUUGCCGUUCUACUGGAAAGGAUAUAAAGCUUUCCGUUUUCAUAGCUGUCUCGCCCUGACGGAUUGGUCGAAAAAAUUACAGACUAGCAUAUAUACUGUUAAAUUGAUCCCAAAGCGCGUGAUUGUGUUGAGCCAUGCUGACGUGGUGCGCAAGGCCUUGGUGGAGUUGGAACAGUCUAAUUGGACCCGUUCUAUCACAAUAGAUGCGAUCGAAACAGUGAUGGGUGAUCAAGGCAAAACGGUGUUUACGGCUCAAUUUUCGGCGAAUUGGGGACGCCUUCGACGAGCCAUCAACAGAGUCAUGCGUGAUGUGGUUGUGGAAGUCAAGGGCUCGAGCACACUAGUGCAAGAAGAAGGCUAGUUCAAUCCGAAAUUGUUACGGUAAAGAAUCAACCGAAUGGCCAUGGAGGCAGUAAUUGAGGUGGUCAUGGGCAAGCAGAAUGGGUGAACGCAUUGAGAGAGGAGAUUAGAUGAUUUGGGG